UGCAGGAAGAUCAUAUGACCCACAGUGAUCACAGGAACAAACAACGAACAACAUGGCGUCUUCAUUGACUCCCGCAAGCGUGUUGGCGGUGCUGGGUUUCUUCUUCCUGAGUGUCCUGCAGCCCGUGGAGGCUUAUGACAGCGGGGACGCCGUGGCUCUGCUCUUGGGGAUGGCCAUCACGGUGGUCGGCUUAUGCGCGUGCCUGGGCUGGUACUCCCGGAGACGCAGCGGGCAGUUCUGACACGACAUGCAGGCCUGUGGUCCGGAAAUGUCGCUUCUCGCCUCCUGAAACCCCGAAACGCCGCGCCAGCUGGUCGCUCUUUCCUGAACGUGUGGCGGCUAACAGACUCUUGACACUAUAGUGGAAGGAGAAGGAGAAGGAGACUCGACUCCAGGGUCCGAGUUACAAAGAGGGAGAGACAGUAUGCUGUUUAAAAGCCAACAUGCACUUCCAGUGGACACACACACACACACACACACACACACACACACACAUACACAUCUGGAUCAUGGCAUUCAAGCACCUCUGUACAACAUCUGGACUUCCCUAUACUUUGUUAUACGAUGACGUCCAUCAUUACACGACUCCACUCUCUUCUUUUCUUCUUGCUAUACACACAGCUCUGUCAUUCCACUGUUCCCUGAAACAUGUGCCCUGAGGGCAUUCUUCAGAUUUUUAUGCACUGAAAGUCAUGUUGCCCCUGCUGUUUUGCACUUAAACUUUGUGCUCUUAAUAUAGUGAACUAUACUUGAAAGGUCACUGCUUCUUGCAUAUGCUUAUUUUCUGUAAUAAACUCCAUGAAUGCUGCA